AUGGAGGAUUGGAAAAAGCCCAUUAAACGUAGAGAUCUUUUCACAUUUGUACGUUUUAUAAUGUAUUACGCUUACAUGUAUUCCUUUCAUUUGGAACGACGAUUGCCUGAGGGACUGCGUUAUUUGGGUAUAUUAGUGGAAUUAUUUUUGGAAAUAUUUCUCUAUUUUGUUACCUUCCACAUUGCAAUUAUGUACAUUUGUACAAUUUAUUUGAAUUUUCACAAAGGAGAUUUAGAAUUAUUUGUUAAUUGUUUAAUGCAAACAAUUAUUUAUUUAUGGACGAUUAUUGUGAAAAUAUACUUUCGUCGCAUGCAACCAAAAAGACUGGAGGAUUUAUUUAAUUUUAUCAAUUUAAAAUACAAAACACGUUCGGCCAUUGGUUUUACUUACGUCACUAUGGACAAAAUUUUUAUCAAAUCGAAUAAGUGGACUGAAGUAUAUUCCUAUUUUUGUUUCCUGGGCACCAUAUUUUGGUCGAUUUUACCCAUUACUUUUGGCGAUCGAAGUCUACCCUUAGCCUGUUGGUAUCCCUUUGAUUAUAAGCAACCAAUCAUUUAUGAAAUCAUAUAUUUUCUUCAAUUUAUUGGCCAAACACAAGUAUCCGCUGCAUUUUCUGCCUCAAGUGGUUUUUAUAUGACGUUAUGUAUUCUAAUAACUGGACAAUAUGAUAUUUUAUUCUGUAGUCUAAAGAAUGUCUUAGCUACUGUUGCUAUAAAUAGAGGAAAGAAAAUUGAAUUGAGAAAGCUGUACCAACUACAGAAAUCGGAAAUCGCUGAAUACUAUUGCUCCGAGGAAAUAACUUGCGAUAUCGAUACUCUAGUCCGCACAACAAAAAAUGAAAAACGAGAAGAUUUCGGCUACCAUUUUAAUAAUGCAUUGAAAAAAUGUAUCGAUCAUCAUCGUUAUAUUAUAGAAUGUUUACAUAAAAUGGAAGAUUUCUAUUGUCCAAUAUGGUUCUUCAAAACAGGAGAAAUUAUAUCUGUAUUAUGUUUGGUGGCAUUUGUAUCGGUUAAGUCUACCAGUGCUAACUCAAUUAUGAAGAUUGUAUCACUAGCCCAAUAUUUAUUCUUAGUCAUCUGGGAACUAUUAAUUAUAUGCUAUUUUGGUGAACUUAUCUAUAUUAAUAGUCAACGUUGUGGCGAGGCUAUAAUGAGAAGUCCAUGGUACAUUUAUAUGUGUGAUAUAAAAUUUGAUUAUAUUCUCCUGCUGUUGAAUUCGAAAAGACCCUUUCAGUUGACUGCAGGAAAAAUUAUAACCUUAAAUAUUGAAUGUUUCAAAAGUAUAUUGUCCACAGCGUUCUCAUUCUUGACCUUGCUGCAGAAUUUGGAUGAACGUGAUAAAUAAAAGUACAGCACCCACGAAUGUGCCACGUAACUAGUUUAGUUCUCCUUACUUUCAAUAAUUGUUUAUAAAAAAAAAUCAAAUUGCUAAAAUGUUUACACAAUAUAAUUGUGG